UUGAUGUCAGUAAUUCUUGUUUUGAUUUGGUAAACGGCUGUCAGUUUUAAUAUUGCCUUGCUACUUUCGAGAAAUUAUAACAGAUAUUUUGUGAAAAAUGGCUACAAAAGUCGCAGUAGUAACUGGAGCAAAUAAAGGCAUCGGUUUCGCUAUAGUCCGCGGCCUUUGCAAGAAAUUUGAAGGCGUAGUUUACCUAACUUCGCGAGAUAUCGAACGCGGCAAAAAAGCGGUGGCCGAUCUCGAAAAAGAAGGUUUAAACCCUAAAUACCAUCAAUUAGACAUCACGGAUAAGAAGAGUAUUGAAGCAUUUAGAGAUUACAUUAAAGAAAAAUACGAUGGUAUAGAUAUUUUAGUGAAUAACGCUGCUAUAGCCUUCAAAAGCACUGCUACAGAAUCAGUUGCGGUUCAGGCCGAGCAAACUCUGUUCGUGAAUUAUUUUUCUCUGGUCUCAGCGUGUGAAACUCUGUUCCCUAUCCUGAAGAAUGGCGCUAGAGUGGUAAAUGUGUCCAGUUCUUGCGGCCAACUAGGUUUGAUACCGAGUAAAGAGUUGAGAGAUCAGUUGAAAGACGAAAAGUUGACGAUUCCAGAACUUUCGAAGCUAAUGCAACAGUAUGUAGAUGCAGCGAAAGUAGGUACCCAAGCUGCCGAAUGGGGAACUUCAUCGUAUGUGGUGUCUAAAGUUGGUGUAUCAGCACUCAGUAUUAUUCAACAGAGAAUGCUUGAUAGCAGAGAUAUAAAAGUAAAUGCAGUACACCCUGGUUACGUUGACACGGACAUGUCAUCUCACAAAGGACCGCUUUCCAUUGACGAGGGAGCUAUUGCACCUCUUUUCCUGGCUCUCGAUGCUGCAGACUCGGUCAAAGGCAAAUACGUAUGGUAUAAUAAGGACAUUGUGCCUUGGGAUGCUGAAAAACCUUUGCCUGUUGUUUAACUUGUUAUGUACUGGAACACAAGUACGGACACAAUUGAUUUUCUAUUCUUCUUAUAAUUGAGGUGUAUUUUGAAUGCUAGCUGUAGACCGCAACUGCAGUGACUCUCUCUUUCCAGCUAUUUAUCCCACAUGGGGGUGGGGUCAGCUUUCCUAAUUUGUCUUCUCCACUUCGCUCUAUCAACGACAUCGUUCUCGCAUUAUUAUUUUCAUGCAGUCACUGCAGUUAUAGUCUAGAUAUCUAAGGGCAACUGCACAUACUGCUGCCGCUUGGAUCCAAAACGGUUUCAUGUAAAUACAUACAAACCAGUAGUGCAGCUGCGGCCGAUUUAAUGCAGUUGCUGUAUGUAUGUUCGGCAGUUGGCAUUCAAAAUAUAUGUUUACUUUAUAUUAGCAGUUAUAAGCUCAACUAUGUACACAUGCAAAACAUGUUUCAAUUUAUAUGUAUUUUCAAGUAUUACUCUCUAUUAUAUAAUUUGGUAUUUAGUUGUUAAGAAGAUAAAAUAUUGUGAUAAAACAAUGUGAAGUGCAUAUCUAUCGAUGUACUAAAGAUUACAUUUUAAAUGACAAUGAUAAGUAUUUUGUUAUUAAUAACUAAAGAAAUUUAAAUACUCCAGCAUUUGAGAGAUUUUUUAGCUUUUAAAAAGUUUUGUAAAAGUAUUUUCCAAGUAUUCUUUUUAUAUUGGCUUCAGCCUAAAAUACACUUCCUAUUUAGUCUUUUUUUUCUAAGCUCAAAAAGGUGUUAUAAGAUGUUCAUGUAAUAAAUUUUGUUUUGUAAAUAAAGUUUCUUUUGUCAUUGCAUACUCAUCAUCACCAUCAAACUGGCCUUUUCCCAACUAUGUGGGGGUCGGCUUCCAGUCUAAAUAGAUGCAGCUAAGUACCAGUGUUUUACAAGGAGUGACUACAUACUAUAGUGUUCAAUAGAAACAGACAUCAUGCUUUGCUAAAACAAUGUCAAUAUUAGUUUUUUCGGAGCACGUUAAUGUCGGUCCUGCGCCUGAUCUCUCUCCGGUGGUGUCGGAUUGCCGUCCCAUCGCGCUAUGAGAGUGAAGGAAUAGUGAGUGCACUUGUGUCUGCACAAAUGCUUGUGCACUAUAAUAUGUCCUGCGCAGUUGGCUGAUCUCCUUAUAUGAGAAUAGCCGCCGUGACCAAGAUCGGCUAGGAGGACAUCAUCAUUAGUAUUUUCGAAGGAUAAUUAAAUAAAUAAAACAAACGGCUUGUUUCAUUAAAUACUUUAAUAGACUAAACAUUUGAUUACUUCUUAAACUACGAUAAGUUUGAAAACAAUUUGAUCGCUACAUUUCUUACAUCGACUUACAUCUACGUAUAUUAAAUUUUUGAAUUUCACUUAUCUACAAUAAUUCUAGUUUUUUUAAAGUCUGGCAACACCAUUUAUGAUUCGGGAGACAUACA